CAAAUUCUCUCGUUUGAGGCACACAUCAGCCACAUGCGCCCUAUGAACGCGCAACAGGCUGAGUGAUCAAUCCUAAAAAAUUUUCAUCUCAUAAUGUCAGAAGAAUCGAAAUCUGAUUUAGAAAGGCUCUUCGACAUAUCAACAAACGACAGUGACCUUUUAACAGUGCAAACGACUGUAGACACAGGUUUUGAAUGGCAAGCAGUGGACGAAUGCAAAGAGAAGAUAUCCCCGAAUCUGCGAGUGGUAAAAGACCGAGGAAAGAUAUUUUUCAAUGUGAAUUCCAACGAUUUUUCCAAAGUCAGAAAAUUGAGAUCAGUUGAUAAUAUUUAUGUGAUCGCCAGCAUUCAAUAUUUCCCCUAUGACUCUGAAAAUCCAGACCUCAAUUUGAAUCUAUUCAGAGAAUCUGUGAGGACUUGUGCACAAUUGAAAAAAUGUUUGAACGCUUGGAAGGAAAUCACUCGAUUCCCUGGUAAAUUAUAUCCCUCGUUAGAGGAUUAUCAGAGUGCUGUGGAGAUUUAUAAAGCAGAGAAAGAACAGAAUAAAAAUGAUGAAAAAGUUCCUGGUAGCAAGAAAAGAGGCUGCGAUCCAGCAUUCGGAGGGGAAGACAAUGUAUUAUCAUUCAGGGUGUCAUGUGAGAGAACAGGAACUCAUAAUUUCGAUUCCAGUCAAGUUGCUUGUGUGAUUGGAGGUGAAAUGCAAGAUCUCUACCACUGGAUUGUGGAUCUAACGACUUAUCAGCUCGAAGUUCUGUGUAAAAUUACACAUGGUCAAAUGAUAAUGGGGCUGAGAGUGACACCAGAGUCCCUUCAUCGAAGGAAUAUUAAAUACUUUGGGCCAACAACACUUAGGGCCACUAUAGCGUACAAUUUAUUGAGCUUGGCUGACCCAAAACCAGGGGAUAUUAUUGUUGACCCGAUGUGCGGUGGAGGAUCAAUUCCCAUUGAAGGAGCUCUAGAAUUAUCUCAAUCAUUCGUAAUCGGUGGUGAUAAUCACGAAAAAGCCGUCGAGAGAUCUAGACUGAACUUCGCAGCCCUGAAAGACUCCUUCAAAUGUGAUUUAAUCAGGUGGGAUGUUAUGCAAUUGCCAUUCAAAGACUCCUACAUCGAUGCCUUUGUCACGGACAUGCCAUUUGGUAAAAGAAUGGGAUCAAUGUUUGACAACAGGGUUCUCUACAAGAAAUAUAUUCUGGAACUGGCUCGAGCGGUCAGAGUAAAACACGGGAAGAUAGUUCUACUCACUUACGAUCGUCGCAGUAUGGUUGGAGCUCUGCAGGUGGCAAAGAACCUUCUCAAAGUUAAAAAAAUGCUUGGAGUUAGUAUGGGGGGACUCAACGCUGCUGUUUACGUUCUGAAGCGAACCAACUUGAGUUAUGAACAGUUCAAACUGUCCAUCAGCAAUUUUUCCAACUCUUCCGGACAACGUGAAUACGUAAAAGACAACGGGAAUUGAAUAAAGCUAGGUUGCACCAAGUCCUGUUAAGUAAAUAAACUUCGGGUGAAAUUUGAAGAAAAUCCAAGAAUAACCUAAUCAACAGUGGACAUUCAACCGAAAUUCAUACAGAGAUUUCUUUCGGAACCCAUGCAAGAGGCUUUUGUUCGAUUUAUUUUAUACCUGUGAUGUCUGAAGAAAAUAUAAUCACGCUGAUUGUGGAAGGUAACAGCCCUGCGUCCCUUGAACUCUGGUUGAUAAUGAAAGAGAGCUCCAAGCAUACGUCCAAUAGUGAAACCCAAUCGUGUCGUAAAAUUGUUCAGUAUAACUUCAGGCCUGUGCUCGGUAAUUUCUUUGUGGCUUCUCUUCAACUCUGGAGUUAUCUUAACAUUACUCAACUUGAAUUGGGCUGUUGGUCCGUCCGGUAAGUGAACCACCAACAUACCAUCUGAAUAUUUCAUUGAGGAAAAUUAUUUAAUGUGUAUUGGGAGGAGCAUAACAUUUUCCAUAUCUGCGUGACAUUGUUAUCCUGCUUGAGAAUGAAAGUGAAACAUUUUCAGUCACAGAUGCAUUUUGAUUUUGAAUUAGAUGAGACUGAAAAUGAUUUCUCUAUUGUUUUACUGGAACGAAAUUGGGCAGAAUUUUUCUAGUAGGAAAAAAUAAAAAGUCCUGAUAUUUAUAAACGAGUUAUUUUAUCGAGAUAUUUUCUAUAGACGAGAUCAAAAUUGAAAAUCUCAAAAUUAAAUGAAUUCUGAAUUGAAAUUAGCCGCCUAAGGCGAUGACUGUGAACCAACGAGGAAUAAGCGUGACAGACUUGCGAGAUAUCGAUAGUUAUUUCAGUUUAUGUUCUUUCUAAGAGUAGGAAAAUUCUUGGGCGUGAAUUAUUUAUGUUGAGAUGA